AUGGAUUCCGCGAAGCAAGCUGUCGAGUCCGUCACCGAGGGCGUCAAGAAGGUUGCCCUUGGCGGCGCUAACAAAGACAAGGCCCCUAAGAAAGAGAAGAAGGCCAAAGAUGCUGGCGACGUCUCGGCCGGCUCUCUCGAGCUCAACCCCCCUCCCGAUUUCCUACAAAAGAGAAUCGAACUUUUCGACCGUUUGAAGAAGGAGUAUGAUGACGAAAUCGCCACGAGGCCCCGCGAACCCAUCACCAUCACCAUGCCUGACGGCUCCAUCCGUCAGGGUACAAGCUACGAGACCACCCCCGGCGAGAUCGCAAAGAGCAUCUCCAACAGCCUGUACAAGCGAACCGUUGUCGCCCGACUGGAUGGCGACCAGAACCAGUUGUGGGACUUGGACAGACCCUUGGAGAAGAGCUGCAAGCUGGAGCUGCUGAACUUUGAUGACGAGCAAGGCAAGCAGGUCUUCUGGCACAGUUCUGCGCACAUUCUUGGCGAGGCUUGCGAGAGGAGAUUCGGAUGCUCCCUCUGCAUCGGUCCCCCGGUCGACAAUGGCUUUUACUACGAGAUGGCUCUCCCUGGAGGCGCUGCUGUCCAGGCUAGCGACUGGAAGCCCCUCGAGUCAAUCGUUGGGUCCAUUGUCAAGGAGAAGCAGAAAUUCGAGCGCCUCGAGUUGACCAAGGAGCAGCUUCUUGAGAUGUUCAGCUACAACAAGUACAAGCAACACAUCAUUAACGACAAGAUCCCCAAUGGCACCAAGACCACCGUUUACCGCAACGGUCCCUUGAUCGAUCUUUGCCGUGGACCCCAUGUUCCUAGCACCGACCGCAUCGAGGCCUUCAGCAUCAUGAAGAACAGUGCCUCAUACUUCCUCGGCUCCCAAGAGAACGAUUCUCUUCAGCGCGUUUACGGUGUCAGUUUCCCUAGCAAGAAGGAGCUCGCUGCGCACAAAAAGUGGCUUGAGGAGGCGGCCGCCCGUGAUCACCGCAAGUUGGGCCAAGACCAGCAACUCUUCUUCUUCCACGAGCUCUCCCCUGGCAGCGCCAUGUGGCUGCCGCACGGUGCGCGCAUUUACAACACCCUUCUCGCCUACAUUAAGGAGCAAUACUUCAAGCGCGAUUACCACGAGGUUAUCUCUCCCAACAUGUACAACGCCGAGCUUUGGAAAAUCAGUGGACACUGGGAUCACUACAAGGAUGACAUGUUCGUCCUCGAUGUCGACAAGGAGAAGUUUGGUCUUAAGCCCAUGAACUGCCCCGGCCACUGCCUCAUGUUUGCCCACACUCCCAAGGCCUACCACCAACUGCCUUGGCGCGUUGCCGACUUUGGAGUCCUUCACCGUAACGAGGCCAGCGGUGCCUUGUCGGGUCUCACCCGUGUCCGCAGAUUUCAGCAGGAUGACGCACAUAUCUUCUGCAGGGAAGAUCAGAUCAAGUCGGAGAUUAGCAAUCUCUUUGACUUUCUUCGCGAGAUGUACGGUCUCCUGGGCUUUACCUUUAAGCUCCGCCUCUCCACCCGCCCAGAGAAGUAUCUAGGUGAGCUCGAGACAUGGAACAGGGCCGAGGACAUGCUCAAGCAGGCGCUGGAUGAAUUUUCUGUCACCGACGGCGGCGUGCCCUGGACUUUGAACGAGGGCGACGGUGCCUUUUACGGUCCUAAGAUUGACAUCAAGAUCUUGGACGUUCUGAACCGUGAAUGGCAAUGUGCCACUAUCCAGCUGGACUUCCAGCUCCCUCAGAACUUUGGCCUGGAGUACGUCUCAGCUGAUGUGCCUGCUAAGUCUAAGGAAGAAGAGGGUCUCGCAGCACCUAAGGCGCCGGAGGUCAAAGUCAAGGACCCCCAGGCUAUCAUCGACUCCGCUGCCGGUACCGGCGAGGAGAAGGAGAAGAAACGCAUCAUCAAGCCGUUGACCAACGGCUGCCAGCGUCCUGUCAUCAUCCAUCGUGCUAUGGCUGGAUCUAUCGAGAGAUUCACGGGUAUCCUUAUCGAGCACUUUGCCGGCAAGUGGCCCUUUUGGCUCAGCCCUAGACAGAUCAUGGUCAUCCCUGUUGGCAAAGGCUUCGUCGAGUAUGCCGAGGAGGUACAAGCUAUUUUCAAGAAGCAGGGCAUGUGGGUCGAUGUUGACCUGUCUGGCAAUACCCUGCCUAAAAAGAUCCGCAGUGCUCAGCUAAGCCAAUAUAACUUCAUCUUUGUUGUGGGUGAUGAAGAGAUGAAGAACAAGCAGGUCAACAUCCGCUAUCGCGACGAUACGUCGAGCCAGGACCGUGGCAAGCCCGUCGACGUCACCGAAGCCGCCGAUAAGCUCAAGAAGCUCCGCGAGGAACGAGGCACCUACAACCCCUUCCCCGCCGUGACCAAGGCCUCAGCACAGGAUGCCAAGGCAUAG